AUUCGAAGCAGCAUUAGAUGGUCAGGUGAGCUUCAAGAAGCCUAUCCUGUUUCUUAUCACAGUUUAAAUAGGGGUAGCGCGCCACUGAAAGUAGAGUGGACUUCCCAGCAGUGAAACACGACAGUACAAUGAACCUUCUACUUGUUGCUGUGGUAGCAGUGGCGGCUGUCAUGGCCGACGAUCACCACCACGAUUACACCGACCCUUCUAAAUUCGCUGACUACCUGAAGGAUAUAGAGAAGACUCACGAGUUCUUCAAUAUGGCCCCAACUGAAAAACUCCUCUUCAGUGAACUCAUCAUGGCUGCUGAGCAGGGCAGUGCCGAUCUUACAGCCUUUAUCAAAGCCCAGACCUUCGACAAGAUUAUUCGUCUCAUUGAUCAUUUGGACGAGGACGACAUUCCCCACUUUGAAAGUUAUCUUGCCGCUCACCUGAAAGGCUCAAGCAUUUUAGGCAAACGGCAGAGUGGCAGCGACCUGUUUAACUUCAUGAGAGAACUGCACCUUGCACACAAGAUUGAGGACGAUCUCUCUCACGCCGACCUGCGAGUUUUCUUGGAGAUCUUGUACGCUGCCGAACACAAUACCCUCACCCAGUACAUUGACCAGAAGGGCUACGCAGCCGUCCUGGACCUUAUGUCACAAAUUGAUAAGGAUCAAGCUCACGGCAUGGAUAAUAUGAUCAUUAGGCAUCUGGAAAUGGAGGCUAAGAUGACGAAAACUAGCGUCGGCACCAUCGUUGUCACAUCUCCUCCAGUCGUUGUCAGCACAGCUGCUCCAGUAGUUGUCAGCACAGUCAUGGGGUGAACCAGACUGUAACAGGUACA